CUCUUGCUUUUCUCUGAUAUAAAUACAAUGCACUCUCGUUAGCUUUCUUCUCUGUUAUAAUUCUUCACCACUUCUCUCUCUCUCUUUCUCUCUAAAACCUCUAUUUCAUCUCUCUCUCUCUCUCUCUAGACGUACAAUUCUCUAUCUUUAUAUGAUACAUAAAUACAUAUUCGAUCUCAUGGAAAACCCCUAAUUUUCGAUCGUACAAUCAAAAUCAAUUUUCAUCUCAAUUUCUAAAUUCCCUCUUCUUCAAUUUUCUAUUGUUUAUGUAGUUGCGGGGAUCCGAUCAUUGUCAAUAGUGAAUGAAAAACCCUACUUUGCCAGUUCAAAUUUGAUUUCAUUCUCUAAUUUUUACUAUUUUCCCACAUCGAUCGAUUCUCAAUUUUGGAGAAUUGAUUGAUUGGUUAUCGAUCGUUUUGUUUUGUGCCUGCAAUGCUCUUUGAUUCAAGAUGAAGCUCAAGCGGAGGAGGUCCUUGGAAGUGCCUCCUAAAAUUAAAUCCUUCAUCAAUACUGUUACUACUAUUCCGCUUGAGAAUAUAGAAGAACCCCUAAAAAGUUUUGUCUGGGAGUUCGACAAGGGAGAUUUUCAUCAUUGGGUUGAUCUUUUUAACCAUUUUGAUUCAUUUUUUGAGAAGCACAUAAAACCAAGAAAAGAUUUGCAGGUGGAGGACAACUUUUUAGAAUCUGAUCCUCCCUUUCCAAGAGAAGCUGUCCUACAAAUUCUCCGUGUUAUCAGAAUAAUUUUGGAGAAUUGCACAAAUAAGCAUUUUUAUAGUUCUUACGAGCAGCAUCUUUCUUUUCUUAUUGCUUCCACCGAUGCAGAUGUAAUUGAGGCUUGCUUGCAGACUUUGGCUGCUUUUCUGAAGAAAACUAUUGGAAAAUAUUCCAUUAGAGAUACUUCAUUGAAUGCAAAGUUAUUUUCUCUUGCGCAAGGGUGGGGUGGAAAGGAAGAGGGUCUUGGAUUGAUUGCAUGUACUGUGCAAAAUGGUUGUGACCCUGUUGCUUAUGAGUUAGGUUGCACACUCCAUUUUGAGUUCUACGCAGUGGAUGAGUCAUUUACAAAUCAUUUUGAGAACCAUGGAAAAGAACAAUCAAACCAAGGUCUACAAAUCAUUCAUUUACCCAGUGUCAAUACUUGUCCAGAAACAGAUCUAGAUCUUUUGAACAAGUUAGUUGAAGAGUACAAAGUACCUCCCAGUUUAAGAUUUUCACUAUUGACAAGAUUGCGGUUUGCAAGGGCUUUUGGCUCCUUAGCAUCUCGACAGCAGUAUACUUGCAUUCGACUGUAUGCUUUCAUUGUUCUUGUUCAAGCAAGCAGUGAUGCUGAUGACCUAGUUUCUUUCUUUAACUCUGAGCCAGAGUUUGUUAAUGAAUUGGUUUUACUGCUGAGUUAUGAAGAUGCAAUUCCUGAGAAAAUUCGUGUGCUUUGUCUUCUGUCGUUGGUUGCUCUUUCUCAAGAUCGGUCCCGACAACCAACUGUGUUGGCUGCUGUUACAUCUGGUGGGCAUCGUGGCAUCCUAUCUAGCCUUAUGCAGAAAGCUAUCGAUUCUGUUGUUAGUGGUACAUCAAAGUGGUCUGUCGUUUUUGCUGAGGCUUUACUAUCUCUUGUCACUGUUUUGGUCUCAUCAUCAUCAGGUUGCUCAGCCAUGCGAGAGGCAGGGUUUAUCCCCACUCUUCUACCUCUCCUUAAGGAUACAGAUCCCCAGCACUUGCAUUUGGUUGGCUCAGCAGUGCAUAUUCUAGAAACUUUCAUGGAUUUCAGCAACCCUGCUGCUGCAUUGUUUAGAGAAUUGGGUGGUUUGGAUGAUACUAUUUCCCGCCUGAAGGUAGAAGUGUCAUAUGUGGAAAAUGGUUCAAAGCAACAAGUUGAUGACUCUGAUACUGGGGGGAGAAGUGUACAGACAGUUUCUGGUGCUUCUUCUGAGCUAGAUAACAUACACCCUCUAUAUUCUGAAGCACUGGUUUCUUAUCACCGGCGGUUACUGAUGAAAGCGCUGUUACGAGCUAUAUCCCUUGGAACAUAUGCCCCUGGAAACACUUCUCGUAUCUAUGGAUCUGAGGAAAGUUUGCUGCCACAAUGCUUAUGUAUAAUCUUUAGAAGAGCAAAAGAUUUUGGUGGUGGGGUGUUUUCACUAGCAGCAACUGUCAUGAGUGAUCUAAUUCACAAGGAUCCUACCUGUUUUCCUGUAUUAGAUGCGGCUGGUCUUCCUUCUGCUUUCCUAGAUGCUAUUAUGGAUGGUGUUCUCUGCUCUGCAGAAGCAAUAAUGUGCAUACCUCAGUGUUUGGAUGCCUUGUGCCUGAACAACAAUGGUCUUCAGGCUGUGAAAGAUCGUAAUGCUUUGAGGUGCUUUGUGAAGAUAUUUGCAUCUAGAACGUAUUUGCGUGCCCUUCCUGGUGAUACGCUAGGGUCACUGUCUACUGGACUGGAUGAACUAAUGCGCCAUGCUUCCUCUCUGCGUGGACCUGGUGUGGAUAUGGUUAUUGAAGUGUUGAAUGCCAUUUCAAAAAUUGGGUCUGGAGUGGAUGCCUCUUGCUUAUCCUCAGAUCCUCCAAGCUGCUCCACACCUGUUCCCAUGGAAACUGAUGCCGAUGAAAGGUGUCCAGUUUCAUCUGAUGAUAGGGAACCUAACAGGAUGGAUAGUUCAGAGCAUGCAGCUGAUGUGUCUGCUGAUGCUUCAAUAGUGAAUAUUGAGUCAUUCCUUCCUGACUGUGUAAGCAAUGCAGCUCGUCUUCUAGAAACAAUUCUUCAGAAUGCUGACACAUGUCGUAUAUUCAUUGAGAAGAAGGGAAUUGAUGCUGUUCUGCAAUUAUUUAACUUGCCUCUAAUGCCCCUUUCAGCAUCAAUUGGCCAGAGCAUUUCUAUUGCCUUUAAGAACUUCUCUCAACAGCACUCUGCUUCUUUGGCUCGUGCAGUAUGCUCAUUCUUGAGAGAACAUCUGAAAUCCACAAAUGAACUUUUCGUUUCAGUUGGAGGAACUCAGCUUGCUGCAAUAGAAUCUACAAAACAAACAAAGGUCCUGCGAUAUCUUUCCAGCCUUGAGGGUAUACUGUCUCUCUCCAAUUUUUUGUUGAAAGGGACUAGUACUGUUGUCUCUGAAUUGGGUACUGCAGAUGCUGAUGUUCUGAAGGACCUUGGGAAGACAUACCGGGAGAUAAUCUGGCAAAUUUCUUUAUGUAAGGACUCCAAAGUGGAGGAGAAGAGGCAUACAGAUCAAGAAACUGAGAAUGCUGAUGCGUCUUCCUCUAAUGUUAUUGGAAGAGAUAGUGAUGAUGAUUCAAAUAUUCCAGUUGUGAGAUACAUGAACCCAGUUUCUAUCAGGAGCAGUUCUCAGUCUCUUUGGGGUGGAGAACGUGAGUUUCUCUCAGUUCUUCGCUCAGGUGAAGGCCUAAACCGUCGUAGUCGACAUGGGCUGGCACGCAUACGUGGUGGGAGAACUGGUCGGCACUUGGAUGCCUUAAACAUUGAUUCUGAAGUUCCGCCAAAUGUACCAGAAACAUCAUCACAGGAUGUGAAAAAGGUGAGUCCUGAUGUUCUUGUCCUGGAAAUUCUGAACAAGCUGGCUUCCACACUGCGCUCUUUCUUCACAGCCCUUGUAAAAGGAUUUACAUCACCAAAUCGUCGCAGAGCUGAUGUAGGAUCAUUGAGUGCAGCUUCGAAAACCCUGGGAACUGCCUUAGCAAAAAUAUUUCUUGAAGCUCUCGGUUUCUCUGGUUAUUCUACUUCUGGGCUCGAUAUGUCAUUAUCAGUAAAAUGUCGAUAUCUUGGAAAGGCUGUGGAUGAUAUGGCAGCUCUGACAUUUGAUUCUAGGCGUCGAACUUGCUACACAGCAAUGGUAAAUAAUUUUUAUGUACAUGGAACCUUUAAGGAACUGCUGACUACAUUUGAAGCCACAAGUCAAUUGUUAUGGACUCUACCUUACCCUUUUCCAACGGCUACUGCUGAUCAUGAGAAGGCUGUUGAAGGAAAUAAAUUAUCUCACAGCACAUGGCUGCUGGAUACAUUACAAAGCUAUUGCCGUGUGCUUGAGUACUUUGUCAAUUCCUCUUUACUUUUGUCCCAAACAUCUGCAUCCCAGGCCCAGCUGCUUGUUCAGCCAGUUGCUGUUGGUUUAUCAAUUGGUCUGUUUCCUGUUCCAAGGGACCCCGAAGUGUUUGUUCGCAUGUUGCAAUCUCAAGUUCUGGAUGUUGUAUUGCCUGUCUGGAACCAUAAUAUGUUUCCAAAUUGUAAUUCAGGAUUUGUUGCUUCUAUUGUUUCGGUUAUUACACAUAUAUACUCUGGUGUUGGAGAUGUCAAAAGGAAUCGCAGUGGUGUUGCAGGAAGCACAAAUCAAAGGUUCAUGCCACCACCUCCUGAUGAGGGUACCAUUGCCACGAUUGUUGAAAUGGGGUUUUCAAGGGCAAGAGCUGAGGAAGCAUUGAGAAGAGUAGAAACAAAUAGUGUUGAAUUGGCCAUGGAGUGGCUUUUCAGUCAUGCUGAGGAUCCUGUGCAGGAGGAUGAUGAACUGGCUCGGGCACUUGCUUUGUCAUUAGGGAAUUCUUCAGAAGGAUCUAAAGUUGACAAUGCAGACAAGUCAACAGAUCUACUGACAGAAGAAGCUCAAAUGAAGGCACCUCCUGUUGAUGAUAUUCUUGCAGCAUCGGUUAAAUUAUUUCAGCGUAGUGAUUCAAUGGCAUUCUCAUUGACAGAUUUGCUGGUAACCCUCUGCAAUCGGAACAAAGGAGAAGACCGUCCAAAGGUGGCAUCUUAUCUUAUUCAGCAGCUAAAGCUCUGUCCAUUGGACUUUUCAAAGGAUUCUAGUGCAUUGUGUAUGAUAUCACAUAUUUUAGCACUGCUUCUUUUUGAGGAUAGCAGUGUACGUGAAAUUGCUGCAGAGAAUGGUAUAAUACCUGCUACAAUAAAUAUCCUGAUGAAUUUCAAGGCUAGCAAUGCAUCAGCGAGUGAGAUUCUUGUCCCCAAAUGCAUCAGUUCUCUACUGCUUAUCCUGGAUAACAUGUUGCAGUCCAGGCCUAAAAUAUCUUCUGAAGCUGCUGAAGCAACUCAGACAGGAUCUCUGCCAGAUUCUUCACUUUCUGCAUCAGAUACAGAGGAAAAAUUACCUUCAGAUGUUCCUGAAAAAGAAACUGGCUCAGCUUUUGAGAAGAUAUUGGGGAAAUCUACUGGUUAUUUGACUAUUGAAGAGAGUCAUAAGGUGCUGCUACUUGCUUGUGACUUGAUGAAGCAGCAUGUUCCGGCUGUCAUUAUGCAGGCUGUUUUGCAGCUUUCUGCCCGCUUGACCAAAACUCAUGCUCUAGCACUUCAAUUUCUUGAAAAUGGAGGCUUAUCAGCUCUUUUUAAUCUUCCAAGGAGUUGCUUUUUCCCUGGAUAUGACACUGUUGCUUCUGCUAUUGUUCGGCAUCUCAUUGAAGAUCCUCAGACUUUGCAAACAGCUAUGGAAUUGGAGAUACGACAAACUUUGAGUGGAAACAGGCAUGCAGGCCGAACUAACUCACGGACAUUUUUAACAGCAAUGGCACCUGUUAUCUCCAGAGACCCUGUGGUAUUUAUGAGAGCUGCAGCUACUGUUUGUCAGUUGGAAUCAUCAGGGGGGAGGACUCUUGUGGUGUUAUCCAAGGAAAAAGAGAAGGAGAAAGAUAAAUCUAAGGCAUCAGGUGCUGAAGAAUCUGUCCGAAUUUCUGAAAGUAAGGUAAAUGAUGGUUCAGGUAAAUGUGCCAAAGGUCAUAAAAAGGUUCCUGCCAAUCUUACUCAAGUAAUUGAUCAGCUCCUUGACAUAAUUUUGAAAUACCCUUUGCCAAAAAGUGAGGAAGGCUGUGCAAGUGACUUAACUUCUAUGGAGGUGGAUGAACCUGCCACCAAGGUGAAGGGCAAAUCCAAGGUUGAUGAGACAAGGAAAAAGGAGUCAGAUUCUGAAAGAUCUGCAGGGCUGGCAAAGGUGACUUUUGUUCUCAAGUUAUUGAGUGAUAUUCUUCUUAUGUAUGUACAUGCAGUUGGGGUCAUACUGAGGCGGGAUUCAGAACUGUGUCAACUUCGUGGAUCUAAUCAAACAGAUAGUAUGGGGCAUGGGGGGUUACUUCAUCAUGUAUUGCAUGGGCUGCUUCCGAUAUCAAUUGACAAAUCGGCUGGACCUGAUGAUUGGAGAGACAAGUUGUCUGAAAAGGCUUCAUGGUUCCUGGUGGUUCUCUGUGGUCGUUCUGGAGAAGGGCGGAGGCGAGUAAUUAAUGAACUUGUAAAAGCUAUGUCAUCAUUCUCAAACUUGGAGAGCAAUUCAAGUAAAAGCAUGUUAUUGCCUGAUAAAAAGGUUUUUGCAUUUGCUGACUUGGUCUACUCUAUUCUGUCAAAAAAUGCAUCCUCUGGGAACUUGCCUAGUUCUGGAUGUUCGCCGGAUAUAGCAAAAAGCAUGAUUGAUGGGGGAAUGGUGCAGUGUCUAACAGGUAUUUUGCAAGUGAUUGAUUUGGACCAUCCUGAUGCUCCCAAGAUUGUUAAUCUUCUACUUAAGGCUUUGGAAAGCCUGACAAGAGCAGCUAAUGCCAGUGAACAAGUUCUAAAAUCUGAGGGUCUGAACAAGAAGAAAACCACCGGAUCAAAUGGAAGACACAAUGAUCAACCAACUACAACAGCUGCUGAGGCAAUAGAGCAUAAUCAGAAUAGUGGUGGAACAACAGAAAUUCCAAAUGCGGAGGACACUGAGGUACUGCAAUGCCAGGUUCCUACUGAAAUUGAGAGUAGCAAUGAUGCCCAUCCAAAUCAGUCUGCUCAGCAAGAUAUGAGGAUAGAAGUGGAAGAGACGAUAACCAACAACCCACCUGGGGAGAUAGGGAUGGAUUUCAUGCGUGAAGAAAUGGAAGAAGGUGGUGUAUUACACAACGCUGACCAAAUUGAUAUGACUUUUAGGGUUGAGAAUAGGGCGGAUGAUGAUAUGGGUGAUGAGGAUGAUGACAUGGGAGAUGAGGGUGAGGAGGAUGAUGAUGAUGGGGAGGAUGAGGAUGAGGAUAUUGCUGAAGAUGGUGCUGGCAUGAUGUCACUAGCAGAUACUGAUGUGGAAGAUCAUGAUGAUACUGGUUUGGGUGAUGAUUACAAUGAUGAGAUGAUUGAUGAAGAUGAUGAUUUUCAUGAACAUCGGGUCAUAGAGGUAAGGUGGAGGGAAGCCCUUGAUGGGCUAGAUCAUUUGCAGGUGCUUGGCCAACCUGGAGCUGCAGGCAGUUUAAUUGAUGUUGCAGCUGAGCCAUUUGAAGGGGUGAAUGUGGAUGACCUUUUUGGUCUUCGGAGGCCAUUGGGUUUUGAGCGUCGUCGCCAGAGCGGUAGAUCUUCUUUUGAGCGAUCUGUCACAGAAUCAAAUGGAUUUCAACAUCCCCUUCUGUUAAGGCCAUCACAAUCAGGGGAUCUAGUUUCUAUGUGGUCAUCAGGUGGGCAUUCAUCCAGGGAUCUAGAAGCUCUCUCAGCUGGGAGCUUUGAUGUAGCUCACUUUUACAUGUUUGAUGCUCCUGUUCUCCCAUACGAUCAUGUGCCGAGUAGUCUGUUUGGUGAUCGUUUGGGUAGUGCAGCUCCACCGGCUUUGUCUGAUUAUUCUGUAGGUAUGGACUCAUUACAGAUACAGGGACGAAGAGGUCCAGGAGAUGGCCGGUGGACUGAUGAUGGUCAGCCCCAAGCAAGUACCCAAGCUGCAGUGAUUGCACAAGCAGUGGAGGAACAGUUCCUUUCACAGUUGCGCAGUCUGGCUCCAGCCAGUGGUCAUACUGAAAGGCAGUCCCAGCAUUCAGGAGUGCAAGAGAGUCAACCAUCUAAUGACCCCCCUUCCAAUGAUGGCCAGGUAUUGUUGGAAGGUGAUAACACCAGCGGCCAGCAAACUGAAGUUCAACAACAGGAAAAUGGUAAUGAAGGGUCCCAUCACCUUAAUCCUACAGUUGAGAGAUUUUCUUGCCAAGAGCAGGUCAACCCCUCAUCCUCAGUUGAAGAUGCUGGUGAAUGUCUACAUGUGCACGAGCCCAUGUUAGUUCAAACAAUUUCUCUGAACAGUACACCGAAUAGUCAUGAGAACAUGGAGAUUGGGGAGGGCAAUGGCGCUGCAGGUGAUCAGCUGGAGACAAUGCCAGAGCCGGUUAAUUCAUCUUCUCAAUAUCAUGCUACUCUGCAAUGUGAAGGGGUUCCUGAAGCACUGCAUGAUGUGCCUGUUCAGGCUGUAAGUUGUGAUGGAUCAGCAAGAAUGGACAGUCAGUCCAAUAAUCACGAGUUCAUGGAUUCUGGUUUGGUAAUGCCUAAUGUUGAUUGCGCAAAUGUUGAUGUUGAUAUGAGUGGUACUGAUGCUGAAGGAGGUCAAUCUCAGCAACCCAUUCCUGCUUCUGAACAUGGUGUCGAUGAGCCAUCAUCUGGGCAAGAAACGGUGGUUCUUGAGGAAGCUAAUCAAGCUGAGCAACUUAAUUCAAAUAAUGAAUCUUCUGGUGCAAAUGCAAUUGAUCCAACCUUCUUGGAGGCUCUACCUGAAGAUUUAAGGGCAGAAGUUCUAGCUUCUCAGCAAGCUCAAUCAGUCCAACCUCCAACUUAUACGCCACCUCCUGUUGAUGAUAUUGAUCCCGAGUUUUUGGCUGCCCUUCCUCCGGAUAUCCAAGCAGAAGUUUUGGCGCAGCAAAGGGCACAGAGGAUUGCACAGCAGGCUGAAGGACAGCCUGUUGACAUGGAUAAUGCUUCAAUAAUUGCUACUUUUCCUGCUGAUUUGCGUGAAGAGGUACUUUUGACUUCUUCAGAAGCAGUAUUAUCAGCAUUGCCUUCUCCAUUGCUUGCUGAAGCCCAAAUGCUAAGGGAUCGGGCAAUGAGUCAUUACCAGGCUCGCAGCCUCUUUGGAAGCAGCCACAGGCUGACUAGUCGCAGAAAUGGCUUGGGGUUUGAUAGGCAGACAGUGAUGGACAGGGGUGUAGGAGUUACCAUUGGACGUAGGGCAGCUUCUGCUAUAGCAGCAGAUAGCUUGAAGGUGAAGGAAGUUGAAGGUGAGCCACUUCUGGAUGCUAAUGCAUUGAAAGCAUUGAUCCGACUCCUACGGUUGGCACAGCCCCUUGGGAAAGGCCUUCUGCAGAGACUUCUGUUAAACCUUUGUGCGCAUAGCAUUACAAGGGCAACAUUAGUCCGUCUUUUGCUUGAUAUGAUUAAACCUGAGGCUGAAGGGUCAGUUAGUGGAUUGGCAAGCAUCAAUUCGCAGAGGCUUUAUGGCUGUCAAUCAAAUGUUGUUUAUGGUCGAUCUCAGUUAUUGGAUGGUCUUCCUCCCUUGGUUUUGCAUCGGAUUCUUGAAAUUUUGACAUAUUUGGCUAAAAAUCAUUCAUCAAUUGCAAAUAUGUUGUUGUAUUUGGAUCCCUCAAUUGUCCCAGAGCAUUUAAGUCCAAAGUAUUUGGAAACUAAGAUGGAUAAGGGAAAGGAGAAAAUUGAGGAUGAAGGUGAUCCAUCAAAACCGUUGGUAAAUGUAGAUCAUGUUCCACUGAUUCUAUUCCUGAAGCUCUUGAACCAACCAAUUUUUUUACGCAGCACUGCCCACCUUGAGCAGGUUAUGGGAUUGCUUCAAGUAGUAAUUUAUACAGCUGCAUCAAAAUUAGAGUGCCGGUCCCUAUAUGGAACAGCAACCAAGAACUCCGAAAAGCAAACUGCCACUGAAGCUUCAGGUGAUGUUCAAAAGGAUCCUCCAUUGGAACCAGAAUGUAGUCAAGAAGAUAAAUCUGCUAGUGAAUUAUCCAUUUCAGAUGGGAAGAAGAACCUUGAUACAUGUAGCAUUUUCCUGCAACUGCCACUACCUGAUUUGCGCAAUCUGGGCAGCCUUCUUGGUCGUGAAGGGCUGUCAGAUAAAGUUUACAUGCUAGCUGGAGAAGUGCUGAAGAAAUUGGCCUCAGUUGCUGCAUCUCAUAGAAAGUUUUUUACUUCAGAGCUUUCAGAAUUGGCCCAUGGUUUGAGCAGUUCAGCAGUCAGUGAGCUUGUCACUCUGAGGAAUACACAGAUGCUGGGUCUUAGUGCUGGCUCCAUGGCUGGUGCUGCAAUUCUGCGUGUAUUACAGGCGCUCAGUUCACUCAUUUCAGCCAGUACUAAUGAGAAUAUUGAGCUUGAGGGUGAUGGAGGACAGGAGGAGCAGGCCACCACCAUGUGGAACUUGAAUAUUGCACUUGAGCCUUUGUGGCGAGAACUGAGUGAAUGCAUAAGUGUUACUGAGACGCAGUUGGGUCAGAGCUCUUUCAGUCCAACCAUGUCACACAUAAAUUUGGGGGACCAUGUGCAGGGAACUUCUUCAUCUCCUCUUCCUCCUGGAACCCAGAGAUUACUGCCUUUUAUUGAAGCAUUCUUUGUUUUGUGUGAAAAGCUGCAAGUGAACAAUUCUUUCAUGCAGCAAGAUCAUGCUGAUGUAACUGCAAGAGAAGUCAAAGAGUCUGCCGGGGGUUCGGUUUCAUUGACCACAUGCAGUACAGAUUCUCAGAGAAAGCUUGACGGUUCUGUCACAUUUGCUAGGUUUGCUGAGAAGCAUCGUAGGCUAUUGAAUACUUUUAUUAGACAGAAUCCUGGCUUGUUGGAGAAAUCACUUUCUAUGAUGUUGAAAGUACCCAGACUGAUUGAUUUUGACAACAAGAGGGCUUAUUUCCGCUCGAGAAUAAGGCAGCAGCAUGAGCAACACCUCUCUGGCCCUUUGCGGAUCAGUGUUCGGCGGGCAUAUGUCUUGGAGGAUUCAUAUAAUCAGUUAAGGAUGCGACCUAGUCUGGAUCUUAAGGGACGGUUAAAUGUACAGUUCCAGGGUGAAGAGGGUAUUGAUGCUGGGGGUUUGACCAGAGAAUGGUAUCAACUACUGUCAAGGGUUAUUUUUGACAAGGGAGCAUUGCUUUUUACUACUGUGGGGAGUAAUGCAACUUUCCAGCCAAACCCUAAUUCUGUAUAUCAAACCGAGCACCUUUCUUACUUCAAGUUUGUGGGUCGUGUGGUUGCAAAGGCACUAUUUGAUGGGCAACUUUUGGAUGUUUAUUUUACACGGUCUUUCUACAAGCACAUUCUUGGAGUAAAGGUGACCUACCAUGACAUAGAGGCAGUCGAUCCUGACUAUUACAAAAAUUUGAAGUGGAUGCUGGAGAAUGAUGUGAGUGACAUACCUGACUUGACAUUCAGCAUGGAUGCUGAUGAGGAGAAGCACAUCCUUUAUGAGAAAACUGAGGUUACUGAUUAUGAGCUUAAACCUGGAGGAAGAAAUAUAAGGGUUACAGAAGAGACCAAACAUGAGUAUGUAGACCUUGUUGCUGAUCAUAUCUUGACAAAUGCUAUUCGUCCUCAAAUCAAUUCCUUCUUGGACGGGUUCACUGAGUUGGUUCCCCGUGAACUUAUUUCCAUUUUUAAUGAUAAAGAGCUGGAGCUACUAAUCAGCGGACUUCCUGAAAUUGAUUUGGAUGAUCUAAAAGCCAACACCGAGUAUACUGGCUAUACUGCAGCAUCCAGUGUUGUUCAGUGGUUUUGGGAGGUUGUUAAAGGUUUUAACAAGGAAGACAUGGCAAGACUGCUUCAAUUUGUUACUGGAACAUCAAAGGUUCCACUAGAGGGUUUCAAGGCUCUGCAGGGUAUAUCAGGCCCUCAAAGGUUUCAGAUUCACAAGGCAUAUGGAGCUCCUGAGCGGCUGCCCUCAGCUCACACAUGCUUUAACCAGCUUGACCUCCCCGAGUAUACCACCAAGGAACAGCUUCAAGAAAGAUUGCUACUUGCUAUACAUGAAGCAAGUGAAGGUUUUGGAUUUGGUUAAUGACAUAGUUUAAUGCAACGCUGUUGGCCAGAAAUUCUAGCAUUCAGUCUUUAGAUUUUGUGUACAUACAGGGGAUUGAUUGAGGAAGGAGGAUAGGAAUGAUUUAGAAUAAAUGCGGAAUUACAUAUGCUCAUCAUAGUUGGAUUUCAAGGCAUUGCUGCUCUGCAGAGGUGGGAGGAGAAGCUCUGUAGCAACUAGCAAAAAUGGGGUUGGGUUUGUAUAUCAUUUUUGGGGUUUCUUGCAUGACAGCAGCGUUAUAUCUUCUUUUCAGAGCAUACAAAAUGUUGAUAGACAAAUGUUACUUCAAUGUUUAUAUUAGUAGGAUUUUUCCUUUACUAAUAUUCUUUAA